AUGGAUGAUGUAAAUGGACAUGAGCAUGAUGAACAUUCACCGUUGUUAAGCAACGAAAGAUCAAUAAUCACUCCAAAUUAUGAAGGUGUUGAAAGUCAAGGUACGGAGACUUUUAUAUCGGAUGAACCGGAAGGAUAUGUUAGUCAUGAAGAAGAACGUCAUACUGUACCGCAAAUAGAGCAAACAAUUUCGCACGCUAUCGGCGAAUCAGGCGAAGUUUCCAGACAUACCGGUCCAACUGUUACAUGCCGUGUAUGCUCAGCUACAAUUGUUAUCGAAGGCAAGACUAGACAACAUGUGGUGAAGUGUAUUCACUGCAAUGAAGCAACACCAAUUCGUGCUGCGCCAUCUGGUAAAAAGUAUGUACGUUGCCCGUGCAACUGUCUUUUGCUUUGUAAAGCUUCUUCAAAUCGUAUCGCUUGUCCUCGUACCAAUUGUAAACGUGUUAUCACGUUAGGUGGUAGUGCGCCAGUUGGUACUGCGGUUAGAGCUCCAACUGGAACAUGCCGAGUUCUGUGUGCUCAUUGUCAAGAAAUUUUCAUGUUCAACACACUCAAUGUUACCGUUGCGAAAUGCCCACAUUGUCAGAAAAUUUCAUCGGUGGGUCGUGAAUAUGCUCGUAACAGAGCAAUCUUUUUCGUCGUCUGCUCCUUGUUGUUUUUAAUAGCUGCGCUUGGUUUAAUGAUAGGGACGUGGCAUUCGGCGAAAUCUGCAACUUUCAUCUAUCUUAUCUGGCUGUGUGUCAUUGCUAUCGCGUUGUUUUUCUUCUUCCGUUUCGCGUAUUUUAUAAAACUGAAAACAAGCACAGUUAUUUCUCCAUUGUAA